UUUCUAGCAGCAGUACGUACUUGCUUCUGACACUCCUGUGAUCACCAGCAACCUCCCAGACUUGCCACCAUGGUGAACUUUACUGCUGAGGAAAAGACCCUCAUCAAUGGCCUGUGGAGUAAGGUGAACGUUGAAGAUAUUGGUGGUGAAGCCUUGGGAAGGAUCCGUUAUAUUUCUACAUGUCUUUCUCCACUUCACAGGCUUCUUGUUGUGUACCCAUGGACCCAGAGAUUCUUUGACAGCUUUGGGAACUUGUCCUCUGCCUCUGCCAUCAUGGGCAACCCAAGGGUCAAAGCCCAUGGCAAGAAGGUGCUGACUUCUUUUGGAGAAUCCAUUAAGAACCUGGACAACCUCAAGUCUGCCUUGGCCAAGCUCAGUGAGCUGCACUGUGACAAGCUACAUGUGGAUCCUGAGAACUUCAAACUCUUGGGUAAUGUGUUGGUGAUUGUUUUGGCUAGUCACUUCGGCAACGAAUUCACAGCUGAGAUGCAGGCUGCCUGGCAGAAGCUGGUGGCUGGGGUGGCCACUGCGCUGUCCCACAAGUACCACUGAGCCCUCUCUCUAGCUGUCCAGCAAUCUUGUGUGUCUGCUAUGUCUUCUUUCUGCACAUGAAUACUGGACUCAUCCUUGAAAGCACAUCAUGUUUAAUAAAGAUCAUCCUUCCUGGUAAUCAAAAAUUCA